UGCUGUGUGUCCUGGGAGUUGCCACUGGGGUUUUUACUUUUUAAACAUUAAACUGCCCAGUGUCACCAUGCCACGUGGAAGAUUGGCCACUAGUGCCCGCUCUGACAGCAGUGAGAUGGAUAUUGAUGGUACAGAAUCAGAGAUAGCUAAGCUGCAGAGACAGUUCAGGAUCAUGGAAGGAGAUCGGCAGGCCUACAACAUUCAGGCCCGGGAGCAGAUCCGCAAACAACAGCAGGAGAUAGAGAAGCUGCUGAAGGAGCAGGAGGAACUGCAUAGAAACCUUGGUGCAUGUAAAAGCUUGUCACGCCAACAGCAGGACAGUGAGGACACCCAGAGUCUUCGUGCUCUGCUGGAGCAGAGAGACAUGUUGGAGGAGGAGCUGUGGAAAGAGAAGCAGUGUCAAAAAGAGCUGGAGAAGGAGAUUACAAACAUGGAGUUGAAGCUGGCAGAGUUGAGAAAAGGGAAGGUCAGUUCUGGAGAUACACAAAUGUCUGAGAUACGGCAGACUCAGAAGGCCAUAAGCACUUUGGAAUACAAACUGGACCGAUCCUCGACUCGCUUCAAUGAGCAGCUGACCAAAAACAGCCACCUGAGAGAGGAGUUGCAGACACUUCAUAUUGAGCGCAUCCGUUUCCAGCAACUACACAACAAGCUGGACAAGGAACUUUACGAUGUCCGCAGGAAAAUUGGGGAAAUUGUCAACCUGUCCACUGCUGCAUACGAUGCCAGGGUGGAGGCUCAGUCCAAGAUGACCAUGAUGAGGGAGAAGGCAGUGAAGGACCUCGCCCAGUACAACGCUGAGAUGAAGGAGCUGGAGAGGGUUAUUGCACAUGAGUGCAGCCUGAAAGAGUUCAUGACCAUAAAGUGCAGCGAGAGGAGCGGGCAGGAUGAGGGCCAUGAGAUGGGAGACAGACAACUGUCAGAGAUGAAGGAGCAGAGGAGGAUGGUCGGGGAAGAGUCGCUGGACGCUUUAGAGGAGGUGUUCGAGAGGAUCCACUCAGUGACAGGGGAGGACGACCUGGACAUGCUGGUGACCAGGUUCAUCCAGGUUGAAGACCAGAACUUUGCUCUCUUCAACUUUGUUAAUGAGCAAAACAAUGAGGCUGAGGCACUGAGGGAUCAAAUCAGCAAGACACAAGCAGAGAUACAGCAGUUCCGAGUUGCAGGUUUGCAACAGGAGGAGGAUCAUUGCUCUCUGCUGAGAGACAUUGAUGAGCAGCAAAAGGAAAGCGAGUCUAAAGCUGAGGACUAUGAAAACCAAGCCAGCAUCAUAAGCCAAAUCCUGGACCAGAUCAAAACAGGUGUGAACAGCAUCUUCUCUAAAAUGGAGUGCGACCGCUCAGUGAUAGAGGAUAUGCUGAGCUCCUCUACUGGGAUCAGUGAGAACAACAUCAUGUCCUACCUGGGUCUGGUGGAACAGAAGACCAACGAGCUGCUCACCAUACAAGCUUUCCUCAAUUCUAAAGAUCUAGAAAAAGACUACAAUCCAAAAGACCUGGCCAAAUAUCUUUUGGGUCAAAAUCCAGAACUGCUUCAGCAGAGCGUUAGCAUCCCUACAAUCAACAGUGUGGAAUAUGACGCAGAAGAGUCUCCUGUCACUGAUGAGGAAGAACGACCGCUUUCACAGGGGGAACUUCGCCAACGAAUACUAGAAGGGGUUCUGCAUAAAGAGAGUUCAGCCCGGCAGGCAGCAACCAAAGCCUCAAAGAUCAGCCAGCAGUUUGAUGGCAAACAACGCUCACUGGAGGACGCACUAAUCUGA